GCCUUCAAUCUUCAACAUGUUGCCAACUUAAUGCCGAGGAUUGGUCACCUCCUCCAUGUCUCAUUCAUUGUUUUUAGCUGCACAGUCCGGAUCAUUCUCCAUCUAUGUCAUUAGUGCUACUGUGUGGCAUUUUUCAAACAGCAGGUUGAAUUAACAUGUUUGGUUCCAGUGGUCUCUAUGACAUCAGCGGUUAUGACAUCACUGUGAUACAACAAAGGAAUCUCUCUCUUGAUUGUAGCUCUCAGACAGUGUUUUCUCAGACCUGUUCCACAGCUCUAUCACGACAGAUCACAUUUCAAAGAAACAAGAAUUAACAGAUUACAAACAUGGACCAACAACUUUCAUGGAUAGAGAUGAUAGAAGAAAACAUCCAGGUAGAUUAUGACGCAAUCCUUCAUUUUGAUGAUGAAGAGGAAUGCCCCAUUGCGCCUGAAGACGAACAUACUGAGAGUCCAAGACCAUUCUACGAUGAGCAAGAAACAAAUGAUUACAUCUGGGAUCUGACGAGGCAGAUCAAUGAUUUGAAGAAAGAGCUGAAUGAGGAAAGAGAGCAACGGAUUGCAAGGGAGAAAGAAGUCAAAGUCCAGGAGAAAGAAAUUAAAAAUCUGAAGAACUUGUUAGAAAGAGAACGUGGGAUGAAGAACACACAUGAACAAGAAAGACACAUAGGAGGAUCGAAAGUUUUCAGCGCUACCAAAACAACAAGUGAGAAGAGAAUUCUUCAAGAGUUAGAUUAUUUUAAGAGGGAGGCACAAAAAUACGCCUCCAGAAACAAAGGACUUAUUGACGUGAUGAUGGACGAGUACACGAUCAGACUGGAACUGGAGAAAACAGUAAAAUCUUUGAAGAUAAACAACAAUUCAAAAGUCUCCACCCAACCAGAUGUCCCCCAACAACCAGAUGUCCCCCAGCAACCAGUUGUCCCCCAGCAACCAGAGGUCCCCCAGCAACCAGAGGUCCCCCAACAACCAGAUGUCCCCCAGCAACCAGAUGUCCCCCAGCAACCAGAGGUCCCCCAGCAAUUAGAUGUCCCCCUGCUACCAAAGGUCCCCCUGCAACAAGAUGUCCCCCAGCAACCAGAAGUCCCCCAGCAACCAGAUGUCCCCCAGCAACCAGAGGUCCCCCAACAACCAGAUGUCCCCCAGCAACCAGAUGUCCCCCAACAACCAGAUGUCCCCCAGCAACCAGAGGUCCCCCAACAACCAGAUGUCCCCCAGCAACCAGAUGUCCCCCAGCAACCAGAGGUCCCCCAGCAAUUAGAUGUCCCCCUGCUACCAAAGGUCCCCCUGCAACAAGAUGUCCCCCAGCAACCAGAAGUCCCCCAGCAACCAGAUGUCCCCCAGCAACCAGAGGUCCCCCAACAACCAGAUGUCCCCCAGCAACCAGAUGUCCCCCAGCAACCAGAGGUCCCCCAGCAAUUAGAUGUCCCCCUGCUACCAAAGGUCCCCCUGCAACAAGAUGUCCCCCAUCAACCAGAGGUCCCCCUUCAAUCAAAUGUCCCCCAGCAACCAGAAGUCCCCCAGCAACGGACCUACAAUCAACCGCAGUGGUGCCACGUAAGUCGGGCCUCCAAAAAGCCAGAGAGGUCAGAGGACAAGCGGACAUACAAUCAACCGCAGUGGUGCCACGUAAGUCGGACGUCUAAACAACUUGAGAGGUCAGAGGACAAGAGGACGUACAAUACACCACAGUGGCGCCGCUAG